AUGGAACAAGCUACUUCCCAAACUAACGGCGACGAGGCCGUAGUUCGUGAGGCCACCCGGAUGAAUAUGCAAGAGGCGCUCCGCGCCGAGGCGGAUGCCACUGAAACUCCAUCCGACCUAAUGGUGCGCAUGUUCAAUUUACACCUCGAAAUCGCUGUUGUUCGCAUUGGCUGUGACCUUGGUUUCUUCAAGUUGCUAGCCGCGGCGGAAGCGCCACUCCGCGUGGAAAACCUGGCACGAUCAGCCGGCGCAGACCCGCAACUUUGUGGGCGCCUAUUACGCUAUCUCGCAUCAGUCCGUCUCGUUGCGGAAACGAGCAAAGACUAUUACGCGGCAAACAACUCGACUAGAGCCUUGGCGGAUCCAAAAAUUCAUGAUAGCAUGUACUAUGUCUUCAAUACCGCCGGGCCUGUUUUUCAGGCGCUGCCCGAGUUCCUCAGGGGGACGAAGUACGCGAAAACCGCGGACGGAAAAUACGCAUGGCAUAAGGGGUUUAACACGGAACUCGACUUCUUCCCUUGGGUGAAGCAGCACCCGGAACAUCUCCAGGCAUUCCAGUCCCUGAUGAGUGUGCCGCGUGAAGGCGACUGGCUAAGCGUGGCGCCGUUCACGGAGCUCACGUCGGGCGGCCCUGAGCAAGUGAUUUUCGUAGACGUCGGAGGCAGCAUCGGUCAUCAGUCGGUGCGAUUAAGAGCCCGAUUCCCCGAUCUUCCAGGCCGUAUCAUCGUCCAAGACUUGGAAGAAACCAUUAAGGCUGCUCCACCAGCUCCAGGUGUCGAGUUUAUGGUUCAUAACUUUUUCAACCCUCAACCAAUCAAAGGCAAGCUGAGAGCAAAAUUCUACUAUCUCCGUACCGUCCUCCAUGACUGGGAAGAUAGUAAGGCGGUUGACAUCUUGAGGAACAUCAUUCCCGCCAUGAGUGCCGACUCCCUCAUCCUAAUCGACGAUAUGGCCUUGCCAAAUACUGGAGUUCAUAGGGGCCCAGCCUCCUUAGAUCUGCAUAUGCUCAUGAUGCUAGGGGCAUUGGAGCGGAACCUCGAUCAGUGGAACUCUCUCCUCGAGCAGGCGGGCCUGAAGGUCGUGGAUAUCAGACCUUACCACCCCGUCAUGCGUCACUCGAUCAUUAUUGCGGCGAAGAAGUAG